ACACAGGCACGCUCGGAAUUGGCGGGUUGCUGGAGCGUUCGUGUAGCUGUAGAUCUUUUGUCUGUCCAUCUGAAGAACAUCGCUAAAACCACAGCAAACUCUUUCUCCAGUAGACAGAUUUGAAACGUUUGACGACACUUAAAACCGGUCUAGCUGCACUGAACCACCUAAUUUGGUGAUAUUUCGCCUUUAAUUCAGAAUUUCAAAGCACGGUUGACGUUGACAAGGAACCGGAAGGUUCCGCAGAGCCUCCACCCCAUCGACGAGCAUGAGCGAACCAACAGACACAGCUAGUGAUGCUCCCAGCGUCACCGCAGAAAGCAAGCUGGCGGCCACAGCUGGGAAGAAGCAAACCAAGAAGAAGGUGGAGGAGGUGGUAGAAGAGGAAGAGGAAGAAUAUGUUGUGGAGAAGGUUCUGGACAGACGUGUGGUGAAGGGCAGAGUGGAGUUCCUUCUCAAGUGGAAGGGCUUCUCAGAUGAAGACAACACAUGGGAGCCACAGGACAACCUGGACUGUCCUGAUCUCAUUGCAGAGUACAUGUCAAAACACAAGCCAAAUGACAAGAAAGAGUCUAGUGUAAAGAGGAAAGGGGAAUCUGACACAGAUGGUGGGGAAGACAGCCGGCCCAAAAAGAGGAAAGAUGAGCCAGACAAGCCGAGGGGUUUUGCACGGGGGUUAGAACCAGAACGCAUCAUUGGAGCCACAGAUUCCAGCGGCGAGCUCAUGUUUCUAAUGAAAUGGAAAAACUCUGACGAGGCAGAUCUCGUUCCAGCAAAAGAGGCCAAUGUGAAGUGCCCACAGGUGGUCAUUUCCUUCUAUGAAGAGCGACUAACGUGGCACUCCUACCCUUCUGAGGAAGAAGAGAAGAAGGAUGACAAGAACUAGGCCUGUGAGGGAGAGUGAGAGAGGUUGCAGGUCAGGGCCGUGUUAGACUAGUUUGGGCAGGGUGGGGGGCAUUCGGGAUAUGGGCAGUUCAAAGAUGGGGAAACAGACACCCAAAAGCUCUUUACUCUCAAUGCCAUAAAACUUGGACUCAAGAUAUAUUCAAAAGAGCAAGAUAUGUAGACGUGGAGUCAUCUUUAUUGGGCAGAAGUGAAUGUUAGUCAGAAUACUGACCACCAUAAGAAACACAGGAUUACUGUAUUUCAUCUUUGCUUCUCUUUCUGUUGGAUUAUGGGAAAUGGGGUGUAUAUAUGUGCUGCAGUAGUUGCUCAGUAGUUAUUCCCGGCUGAUUAAAAAGGUUGACGUCUGAUGAGGAAGGAUAUGCUAAAUGCGUUGAAUCCUAUUUGCACAUUCUCAUACCUUCUGUGUUUUUCUGGUAAGACAUUUGAAGGGCAUUUCAGUCUACAUUAGAACGUUUCAAUGUGUAAUACACCACCAUAAGUUAAAACAUAGUAAGUACACAGCAAUUAAAACUAAGGAGACAAACAAAUUCACACUUUGAUUAAUUUGAUAUGGGAGUACACUGAUUUCUCUAAAUCUGUGCAUAGUUUGUUGGAAACUUUUUUUUUUUUCUGUUUGUGUAGUUACUGUGUUUUAUCUUUGUAAGGCAGCAUGGCCUAAUUUCUCAAGCCUACUUUUUUCCCCCUCAUUUGUUUAGACUUCGUCAUUUAUGUAAAUACAUCUGUCAAAACUCUUGUCACCUUAUUAGUGAGCAAAUAGCUGUGUAUUGCAGUCUUGCUGUUUUAGCAGUAUUUCUCAGUUAGUAUUCACCAUGUAUACAGUAUUCUCAUCUUUUCUGUUCACCAUUUGAGGAUAUAUGUUGCGCAUGGAUAUAUAUAUUCACAAGGUGUUUUUUUUUUUUUUGUAACUAUUUCAUGUCAGCUUAGUAAACUGCAUUUCCCAUAAUCUCAUAUAAACCUUUUUAUUUUUAACUAUUAGAUGUCGGUGUGUUUAAUCGGUUGCAUUACUGUGUGAAGAGGAAAUGUGCCCUUUAGAUUACAGCUUUUCAAGUUUUAUAGGCUGAUCAAGGUCUGCCAGAUCUGCCUCGUAAAUACUUCAGAAAACAUUGAUGAAAAGUGACACUUUGUCGUUUUACCCUCUUUUUCGAUGGUGCUCAAGGAGUAGAAUGUACUAUACGGCUUCAAGGCAUCUUUUUAUAAUAGACGUAUGUAAAUGAGUAGUGAAGGUAAAAAUAAAUAAACUCCAUUAUCAUGCUACAGACCAGGUCUUUUUUUGUCACCUGCACCAGCAUAAACAUGUUCAUAUUGACAAUAUGCUAGUUUUAAAAUGUAAUCGAUAUCUUCAAAAAGUUUUUAAAAUGGUUAAAUAGUGCUUGGAUCACUGGAUACUGUCUUUUGCAAAAUAUGGUAUUAAUCGUGGCAUAAACUUCUGUGUACCGGAGAAGCCUGAUGUACUUUGUUGUACAUGAUCAGUAAUGUGACUGCAUUAUAUUUCUUCCUGAUUGUCUGUUUUCUCUUUUUAAGUGUACUGUUAAAAGCAUGUUACUUUCUUUCAUCUUCACAUUUUCAAGGGGAAAUGUUUUUGUUCCUUAAAAUAAACUUUUUUUUU